ACGUCUGAACGUUUUAAACGCGAUAGUACACGAAUUUUAUAUUAAUUAUUAUAUUUGUUUUAAUACAGUGAAACGUAAUCAGAUUUUCAUUAAACCAUCACUUCAAUUAUUAUUCUAGAUCUAAUCCUAAUGAAAAAUAUUUUAUUUUACCACCAAGUUAUUUAAUACAUAUUAAUAUGUUCGUUAAGAAAUUGCAUUUUUUGUUGUUCGCCAUCUGUUGUAGUUUGUUUAGUCAAACGACUUGUGGUCAAACACUAGGAGCAGUCAGCGAUGAAGAAUUACUUGAACUGUUCCGUUCGGAAAAUUAUGUUCUCGUUCUUUUCACACUAAGAGACUGUCAAGAAUGCAAACAGUAUGAAGAUGUUCUUACUCAAGUUCGCGAAGAGUUGGUGGAUGCCUUAAGCGCUUGGGUAGUCAAAGUAGAAGGCAGUAAUUUAGUGCAUAUUUAUGAUCCGACUAAAGAACCGUCAUUAAUCAUGUUCCGGCAUGGUGUACCAUUAUUAAUACCCGAAGAAGACGCAUUAAAUUACGACGGAUUGUUGGAAAUGCUACUAGUAAACAGAGAUCCGAUCGUAAAAGAACUCGACGAUAACAGUUUUGAACAUCUCACACAGGCAUCAACUGGUGCUACAACUGGAGAUUGGUUUAUACAAUUCUAUUCAUCAGAUAGUAUAGAAUGUCAAAGAUUACAAGCACGUUGGGAAACGGUCGGAGCUAAAUUGAAAAAUCGUGCAAACGUGGCAAGAGUUAAUAGACAUGGUGCUGGUUCUAUGGUUGCACGUCGUUUUUCUAUAAGCCAAUCGCCUACAUUUAUUCUGAUUCGCCGUGGUGCAUUGUAUAAAUAUACCUCGUCCGAGUUUACCAUCAAGUCGUUUUUGAACUUUGUACUUGAAGAUUACAAAUUCACAGUGAAGGAAGAAAUACCUCAACCAAAGUCUGCACUACAUGAUACUCUACAUAUGUCCUUUGAUAUGCUCAGGGAGAAUCCGCUAGUGUGGAAAUUGUGCCUGGCAGUGCUAAGCAUAAUUAUGUUAAGUCUAGUAGCAUUAAGAAGAAUGCCAAAAUCAAAAGAGCAUAAAUCAAAGAAAAAAUCAUCCAAAAGUUCUAGCAAGAAGUCCAAGUAAAAUGUUUAGAUCUCUAAUUAUUUUAAAAAUUGCCUUCUUCUUCUUUAAGCUGCAUUAUAUUUAUAUUUAAAAAUGUAUUUUUUUUCUAAUGUCAGUGUACAUUUUUUAAGUGUUGUGAGUAGGCUAAUUUGUUUAUUUGGUUAAAAAAUAAUUGUAAAUACCUGCACCGUGUGGAAUCUAUAAGGAGUUAUUAUCAUAAUUGCAAUAUUAAUAUUAUUAUUUAUAUACAUGAAUAUUUUCUUGUAAAAGAAUUGGGCAAGUGUGUCCAAUUGAUUGCUGUUAGCUUGUAUUUUGCUUAUACUUAUAAUUUACCUAAAAUUAAAGUCAGGUAUUAAAUAAAUGUCAUAUGUUAAUUAUAACAACCAAUAUUAUUGGUAUGCUAUGUAAAUAAUAAUAUGUAUUAUGGUGAUUAUUAUUUUGUUUAUAAAAUUCAAACUUUGUAAUAAUUUUUUUUAAAUUAAACUUGUGAACUUAUAUAUUUU